CCUCCUUUUCCUCCUCCUCCCCCUUCCUUCGCCCUGCGCCCUGGAGUCUCUACGAGGAGGAGGAGAGGAAGGGAACCGCUCCGUCUCCACCAUGUCCUAUCCCUCCAUGUCUCCGGAGUUCUGGAGCAACAGCAGCACGGGACUGGGCAGCAGUUCAAAGUGCUCUCAGCCGGUGGUGUGCAAGCCGGGCACCCUGCUGCCCGUGUGGAAGCCCCUGGGCCCCGGGCUGGGCGACCAGGUGGCCAGGGCCGUGGUCUACUUCACCUGCCUUAUGUACAUGUUCCUGGGAGUGUCCAUCAUCGCAGACCGCUUCAUGGCCUCUAUCGAGGUUAUCACCUCACAGGAGAAGGAGGUGACCAUCACCAUGCCAAGCGGUGAGACGUCUGUGGCCACUGUACGUAUCUGGAACGAGACUGUGUCCAACCUGACUCUGAUGGCUCUAGGCUCCUCCGCACCAGAGAUCCUGCUGUCUGUCAUAGAGGUGUGUGGGCAUGGGUUUGAGGCGGGUGAGCUGGGCCCUGGCACCAUCGUGGGCAGCGCUGCCUUCAACAUGUUUGUGAUCAUCGCCAUCUGUGUGUGGGUCAUCCCUGAAGGAGAGACCAGGAAGAUCAAACACCUGCGUGUGUUCUUCAUCACGGCCUUCUGGAGUAUCUUCGCUUAUAUCUGGCUCUUCCUCAUCCUCUCUGUCAUCUCACCCGGAGUAGUGGAGGUGUGGGAGGCCCUGGUCACCCUGCUCUACUUCCCAGUGUGUGUGAUCCUGGCCUGGAUCGCCGACCGCCGCCUGCUCUUCUACAAGUACAUGGCCAAGCGUUACCGUGCCGACAAGCACGGCAUCGUCGUGGAGACGGAGGGGGACACAACCCCGAAAGGCUUCGAGAUGAUUAUGGACGGAAAGUUCCCUCCUAGGGGAGGGGCGGUGGGAAUGUUGCCCAAUGAGAACUGCCAGGAUGGUGCCAACAAUGCAGCGGGCGCCGUGGCCUACCUGCCCAACUCCAACAGCACCAUGGUGACUGUUGAGAAUACCAAGGAGCUGGACGAGAGCCGCAAGGAGGUGAUCCGCAUCCUGAAGCAGCUGAAACAGAAGUUUCCGGACAAGGAGCUGGAUCAGCUGGUAGAACUAGCCAACUACUACGCCCUCCUCCAUCAGCAGAAGAGCCGCGCCUUCUACCGCAUCCAGGCUACACGCAUGAUGACCGGCGCCGGCAACGUGCUCAAGAGGCACGCCGCCGACCACACCCGCCGUGCCGCCGCCGUGGAAGAGGACGUGGUCUGCGAGGACGAUGACCUGGCCGAGUGCAGCCGCCUGGCGUUCGAGAGCACCCACAGCCAGUGCAUGGAGAACUGUGGCGUACUGAGGCUGGCUGUGGUGUGUCAAGGGGGCAUGGGGGAGAGCACCUUCUAUGUGGACUACCGGACCGAGGACGGCUCGGCCAACGCCGGGUCCGACUACGAGUACAGCGAGGGAACGCUGGUGUUUAAACCCGGAGAGACCCGCAAGGAGAUCAAGGUCGGCAUCAUCGAUGAUGACAUCUUCGAGGAGGACGAGCACUUUUUCGUGCGGCUGCUCAACUUGCGCAUCGGUGACCCCGAGGGGAUGUUCGAGAGUGAUGAGCCAGGUGCGGGACCCAAGGGCCGCCUGGUGGAGCCACUGGUCACCAUGGUGACCAUCCUGGAUGACGACCAUGCUGGCAUCUUCACAUUCCGUGAUCGGCUGGUGCGCAUCAGUGAGAGCGUUGGCACCGUGGAGUUCACAGUGGUGCGGAACUCGGGCGCCCGCGGCACGGUGAUCCUGCCCUAUCACACGGAGGCGGGCACGGCGAAGGGGGGCGGUGUGGACUACGAGGACACCCAGGGAGAGCUGGAGUUCUCCAACGACCAGACAACUCAGACCCUGCAGGUGAGGAUCAUUGACGAUGAGGAGUAUGAGAAAAAGGAGAACUUCUUCAUCGUACUAGAGGAACCACGCUGGCUGAAGAGGGGAAUCUCAGCCCUUCUGCUCAACCAAGAGGAUCCUGAUGGCCAGAUGAGUGCAGAGGAGGAGGAGGCGAGGCGCAUUGCAGAGAUGGGAAAGCCCGUCUUGGGGGAGCACAGCCGGCUGGAGGUGGUCAUUGAGGAGUCUUAUGAGUUCAAGAGCACCGUUGACAAGCUCAUUAAGAAGACCAACUUGGCCCUUGUGAUUGGCACUCACUCCUGGAGAGAGCAGUUUGUGGAAGCUGUGACUGUCAGCGCAGGGGAUGGUGAUGACGAUGACGAGGAGGGGCGUGAGGAGCGUCUGCCAUCCUGCUACGACUACGUCAUGCACUUCCUGACGGUGUUCUGGAAGGUUCUGUUUGCCUUUGUGCCGCCCACCGAGUACUGGAAUGGCUGGGCCUGCUUCUUCGUGUCCAUCUCGGUCAUCGGUAUCCUGACUGCCAUCAUCGGGGACCUGGCCUCCCACUUCGGCUGCACCGUGGGCCUCAGGGACACUGUCACUGCCGUGGUGUUUGUGGCUCUGGGCACCUCCAUUCCUGACACGUUUGCCAGCAAGGUGGCGGCCACGCAGGACCAGCACGCCGACGCGUCCGUGGGCAACGUGACGGGCAGCAACGCGGUCAACGUGUUCCUGGGCAUCGGGGUGGCGUGGUCGGUGGCAGCCGUCUACUGGAAGGUGCAGGGCAAGGAGUUCCGCGUGGACCCGGGCUCCCUGGCCUUCUCCGUCACCCUCUUCACCAGCUUCGCUUUCAUCUGCAUGGGCGUGCUGCUGUUCCGCCGGCGGCCCUCUAUCGGGGGGGAGCUGGGCGGGCCGCGAACAGCACGCAUCAUCACCAGCCUCUUCUUCCUGGGCCUCUGGUUCCUCUACGUCCUCUUCUCCAGCCUGGAGGCCUACUGCCACAUAGAGGGCUUCUAGAGGACACAUGAGAGCAGAGACAGGACUACUAGUCAAAACACUGAUAUACAUUAUAGUUAUUAUAAUACACACACCUACUACAGGACAAGGCCCAGGCCAAAGGUUGGGACCUGGUCAUUGUCACUGGAUCACUAAUACCUAACGGAUCUGUAGACAUACCUGAUAUACACACAUAUAACUACAUGCAUGCGCAAACAAAUGCAUACAGUACUGUAACAAGGGCACCACACAGGUUGUGCAUGGCCUGGAGCCUGGAUGACACCCAAUUAACAUCAACCUCCUAUUGCACACUCAAAUGUUAUACACACUCACUGGACAAAUGAGGAAGAGAAGGAGAGAAAAGAAAGUAUUGGUCAAGGAAGUGAUGUAGUAAGUAAGACAGGAGAGAUUUCAAAGGAAGAAUGUUCAGAAUGUAAACCAGCAUGUCGGAAAAGAGGGAGAGUGAAAGAGAGAAAGAGAAAGUGACAGAGGGUGUGUAGAAACGAAAUGUUACAGUGGCAUUCUAUUCAUUCCAGCUGGCUGCAUAACAUGGUUUUGGGUCCAUCUAGACUGCUUUAAUUGAAGCAGGGUAGAGUGCCAUGGGUUUUGCAGGGAGGGCCAUAGCUCCAUCACCGAUGCAGGGGAGGCGAACCAGACUCAAUCCACUCGACUCAAUCCAUGUCUGUGUGGGCUUAAAGCAGCACCCCUCCUCCCUUUCACUGGGGGUUCCUUUUCAAAGACAGAAUCCACACAAGUAGUAGCAGUGGUGGAAAAAGUACUCAAUUAUCAUACGUAAGUAAAAGUAAAGAUACCUUAAUAGAAAAUAUAAAAGUAAAAGUCACCCAGUAAAAUGCUACUGGUUUUAAAUGUACGUAAGUACAGUGGUGCAAAAUGUACUCAAUUGUCAGACUUGAGUAAAAGUAAAAAGUAAAAGUAAAUGCUAUACAUCAAAUUACGUAUAUUAAGCAAACCAGACCACA